UGCGUGCAUUGUUCACACGUCACCGUCAGUCUGGCGAGCAUAAGUAUAAAAGGGGCGGCUGUGCCCUGGCAACUUGUCAUUCGCAUCCGAGUGCGUCGUGCCUUCACACCCUUCGCACAAAGUAUAGAGCGAAAUGUUUUGGAAGUUGGUGUUCGCGCUACUAGCAGUGAUCGAGGUUAUCCUGGGUCACCCUGAUGUCUACGAACCCGUUUACAAACCGGAGCCACUGCCAUACUACUUCAACUACGACGUGCACGACGACUACAAGGGCGCCCAUUUCGGCCAGAACGAGAAGUCAGACGGAAAAGCUGUCUACGGUUCCUAUACCGUCGCGCUCCCCGACGGCCGCAAGCAACUUGUUGAGUACACGGCCGACCACUACAAGGGCUUCGUGGCCAAGGUCAGCUAUUACGGCAAGGCCAAACACCCCAAGUACUACGGGCCUCCUAUUACUUUCAAGCCUUCUUACGGAUAUCAUUAACUAUCAAAAUGCUGACUGCCUACUCAUGGUCACAUGCUAAUAUUGUAUUAGGCAAAUCAAGAACUAUAAAUAUAUAUACAUAAAUAUUUUCAUACAUACUAAUAUAAAUAUAUCUAAAUAUAACAA